AUGUCCUUGAAGCAGGAAAUCGAGACCUGGGUAUCGGCGCUUGGCCACUACGACAACAAUGAGUUUGAGGAGUCGUUGAGAGAGUUCGAUGCCAUUUCUGAUACCUCAAAGAUCCUUUUCAACUGUGGUGUCAUUCAUGCGACACUAGGAGAACAUGAGAAGGCGGUCGAAUGCUAUCAAAGAGCAGUACGACUUGAUCAAUACCUAGCUGUAGCAUACUUUCAACAGGGUGUAUCAAAUUUCUUGGUUGGCGACUUCGAGGAGGCAUUGGCCAAUUUCAACGAUACAUUACUCUACUUGAGAGGGAAUAACAUGAUCGACUAUGCGCAAUUGGGUCUCAUGUUUAAGCUAUACUCCUGUGAGGUCCUCUUCAACCGAGGACUUUGUUAUAUAUAUCUGCAACAAAAGGAGGCGGGAAUGCAGGAUUUCUCUUUCGCCGUCAAGGAGAAGGUCGUCGAGGAUCACAAUGUCAUUGAUGAGGCCAUUCGAGAAGAGGCAGAGGGUUACACCGUCUUCUCGAUACCAGUCGGUGUGGUUUACCGACCGAACCAAGCGAAGGUCAAAAAUCUCAAGACUAAGGACUACCUGGGCAAAGCUCGCUUGGUGGCAGCAUCGGAUCGUGCCAAUGCCUUCACUGGAUUUGCAGGAUCAGAGAUAAAAAAUGCUAGCAAACUUGCCGUUAAGGACGAUAGACCCGCUGAGAAUCUCUCUUUCGCUGCAACGAACCUUGUCAAGCCCGGUCUUCAAAGUAAACGGCAACAAUCAGAACCUCCGCUCAACCGCAACGUCUUCCCGCCAACACCGCCUCCCGAGGCGGUGCCCGGAAAUCAGAUGACCCGAGGAGCUUCUGUUCGCAAUGGUCCCAAACCUCAACUCGCCAGAAUAAACACCGAGAAUACACGUCCAGAUGAAAGAUACGAAGUCCGAGACGAGAGAAUAACGAGUCCGCCGCAACGUCUCCCCAUCCGAAGAGCAGAAACCGCCGCACCCGCACGACAAAUGUCAACACGAGACUCCUCCCGGACCAGGCCAAGAAAUCAACAGAGGCGUUCACGAGAGGAGCCCGCGGAUGACGACUACCCAGGGGAGCUGUAUGACAUGUACUCCGCUGGUGGAGGGAGAAAUUCCGGGGGCAAGCGGAAUACUGGAAGCAACAAAAGGACACAAGGCCGGUAUAUCGAAGAGGAAGAGGAAUACGCCAGCGACUAUGAUGACGCCUCCUUCGAUGAGAACGACUUCGAGAUGAUCCCACGAGGUAACCCGGCACGAUCGCGAGCUCCAUCGUCCGCCGGCGGCCAAUCGCGACGACCCGACAUCCGCAAGAUCAGGAUAAAAGCACAUGCUGAAGAUGUUCGAUACAUCAUGAUCGGUGUCGCUGUUGAAUUUCCCGACUUAGUUGACAAGGUCAGAGAGAAGUUUGGUUUACGGAAGCGUUUCAAAAUCAAAGUCCUUGACGAGGAUAUGCCUGACGGGGAUAUGAUAACCAUGGGCGACCAGGAUGAUUUGGAUAUGGUGAUUAUGAGCGUGAAAUCGCAGGCGAGAAAGGAACGUCUGGAAAUGGGGAAGAUGGAGAUUUGGGUGAAGGAAGGUUGA